AUGGACGUUAGCACAAGCUGCAAUCAACGCAAACUAAUUUUCAUUCGCAAAGGGACCAAAAGCGAGAUUGAAAUCGGUCGAACAUUUGCCACUAUACUAUCCGAUCCGGAGUUUCGUACCUCUUUGAUGUACGCCGCCGGCGAGGAUGAAGUUAAAUCACUGUUGUGGGCUCGAGCGCAGGAACUGAGUGUGGAACAGGCUCACUAUCGACGACGUUCAUCAAACUUGGCCCAGGCAAUUCAACUGGCUCUGGCGACGGAAGCAAGUUCGUCCAUAUUUUCCGGCAUUUAUGGAGACUUGAGACGCCGUAUACCGCAUUACUGGUCUGAUAUUAAAGAGGACGUAACGCAAAUGAUUAUAGCUCAAACUCUAGGCGGUUUGAGCUUUGGAUUUCUCGGUGGACAACCAUUGAUUGUGCUUUUAUCCACUGCACCUUUGGCUCUGUACAUAAAAACUAAAAUAACUUUUCCAGUUCCACUUCUAUCGUCUUCGGCUACGCUGAUGGUCUUCAUGAUUGGAACCGAUGCGAGUUGGUCAGAACGAUGUGAUGUGGAAGGGACAAUGAAGGCAUCUUAA